AUGCAGUCCUUUGCACAACAUGCUUGCAUUGAACGGACGUUGCGUACGUAUUUCAACAGUGAACUUUCAGUAAUAGAUGCUGAAGACCCUGCAGCAUUUCGCGCUCAGAUGCUCCUUGACGAAGACAACGAAAGCGUUCGUGCUGAAUCUAACCAAGAGGUCAAUUCCAUUCCAAUUAGAAGCAUUUUGAUUGGAGUCUCAGGUGCAUCAUACGUGACUCAAUUAACGGUGAUUCUCUACACGUGGCACUUGACCGAAACCAAUCCUCUUCAGUCGUACUCAAUUUUAACACCUGAAUCUCUGAUUGAAGGUGUAACAGCCGAGUACACAAGUCGACAAAGAAUUCUGAACGUCUCUGUAGGCGAAAUCCACACUUUUGUUGCUACAGUCGUGAAUAAUGACAGUGAGAAGACUCUAGAUGCAACAUUCGCACUUGUAAAAGUACUAGGCGGCGCACGCGGAAUUUUAACUUUAUUAGGCUUUCAGCAUACUGUCGGUAGUCGCAAUGUGGCUCCGCUCACGCUUCGACAAUGCUUGGCAGCGUUUGCUCAGCGUCAUAACAAUAAUGAGCUCCUCACAGUUGGUGCGCGAGCAUACACCAAGCACUGCACUAGAAGCUCUAGUGGCUGGUGGGGUGAGCUUAAGGGAAACGAUGCUGCUAAGAAUGUGCAAGCUGAAGCCAAAGUUCGUGAUCUGUUAGCCACUGCGACGUGGAAAAAUAUUCACAGUCUGCCUCACGGUCAUGCGACAAUGGAAAUUCGUAAUUCUUUGGGAUAUGGCGCUCGAUGGGACGCAGAGACUCGACAUUUUCGAGGAUUUCUCGAACCACCGAUGCUUAAUGGUCAUGCGAUCAAGUGGCGACAUUAG